AUGAACUGUCAAGCAUCACGGAGUGAUACGAUGCCGACAAAAGUUGAUGAUUAUAUAUGUAUGAAAUCAUUGCAUCCAAAAUAUUUCGAUACACCACGUGGUGAUAGUGGUAGUGGUAUGCAACAAAUUAACGAUAAUGGAAUAGCAACGGUAGUUGGUAUUACAUCAUAUGGCCUAAAAGGAUGUCCACCAAAUGAACUUGCUCGAUUCACACGAGUUGAUUGUUAUCUUAAUGAAAUAUGUGAAAUAACAGGUGUUUGUUAUACUAUACAAAAUUGA